UUGCAGCUUUGGGAGGCACGCUACAUCCAUCAGAAUUAUUUUGCGGCACUGAACGGUAGUGCGCCGAUCCACGAAAUAUGCCGAGAUGUGUUCGACUUCCCACUGAUGUCUGAAACAUUUUGUGCCGAACUCGUCGAAGAAUGCGAAUAUUACGGACGAUGGUCUGAUGGCAGAAACGAGCCUGUGGAAUCGAUAAUGAUGUUCGUUGUGAGGUACAGGCCGGAUGAGCAAGCCUCGUUACGGCCACAUCACGAUGCUUCCACCUACAGCAUUGAUGUUGCACUGAACAAGCGUGGUGUGGAUUACGAAGGCGGCGGCGUACGUUUCUUACGGUACAAUUGCACUUUCGAUGCCGACACUGUCGGAUACUCGAUGAUUUUUCCGGGUCGUUUAACGCAUCUUCAUGAAGGUUUAGCAACUACACAAGGAACUCGUUAUAUCGCCGUCUCGUUCAUUAAUCCUUAG